AUGCAGCCGAGCGAGCUAGCCGACGCCGCGCACGCCGCUAGCGGAAACCCCCCGCAGCGUGGCCUCAACGGUGGCCGUUUCGACUUUGACGAUGGUGGUACUUAUUGUGGUGGAUGGGAAGACGGCAAGGCCCACGGCCACGGAGUGUGUACUGGACCCAAAGCUCAGGGAGCUUACGCCGGCUCCUGGCACUUCGGCUUUGAAGUUUCCGGUGUCUACACCUGGCCCAGCGGCAGUUCGUUCGAGGGUCAAUGGCAGAACGGGAAGCGGCAUGGGCUCGGUGUGGAGACGCGCGACCGCUGGCUGUACCGCGGCGAGUGGACGCAGGGCUACAAGGGCCGCUACGGCGUGCGACAGAGCACCAUUAGCAACGCCAAGUACGAGGGCACGUGGGCCAAUGGACUCCAAGACGGUUACGGCUCGGAAACAUACGCUGAUGGCGGCACUUAUCAGGGACAAUGGAUGCGCGGGCUGCGGCACGGGUACGGAGUCCGUACGUCGGCGCCGUUCGGGCUGGCGUCGCACUACCGAGGCGGAGCGCGCGGCCACCGUGGCUCCAUGUCCUCGCUCAACGAGGGCGGCGCUGACCCCUCGGAGCAGCGCACCACCCGCAUGGACGACGCCCGUGGUGGAUUCGUGCUCACCGUCAGAUCCGACCAGCCGUCGGGACGCCGCGGCUCGCUUGUCGGAAAACCUAAAGGACUGCUCCACAAAUGGCGCAAACAGCGCAGCGUCGGCGACCUGGACGGGGCCGGCACGGGCUCGGUCCACUCGGGGGGCUCGGGGGGCUCGGGCUCUUCGUGGGUCUCCUCGGUAGACAGCACCCACUCCGCUAUGACUCAUGCCUCUUUGCACACAAACUCAAACGCAAGUUUCGUGGUCGAGGAUGAACAUUUGGAUGCGAGUGUCACAGAAACUUAUAUGGGCGAAUGGAAAAACGACAAACGCACUGGGUUCGGUAUCAGCGAGCGCAGCGAUGGCCUUCGAUACGAGGGAGAGUGGUCAGCCAAUAAAAAGUACGGAUAUGGUGUUACUACGUUCCGAGACGGCACGAGGGAAGAAGGCAAAUAUAAGAAUAACGUACUCAUAACGAGCCAGAAACGGAAACACUUAUUCCUCAUGCGGUCUGCCAAAUUUCGGGAACGUGUUGACUCUGCCGUAAAUGCGGCGCAACGUGCAUCUAAAAUUGCACUACAAAAGGCUGACAUAGCUAUCUCUAGAACCGCAACGGCUCGAGGAAAAGCUGAGCAAGCCGACGAAGCGGCAGACCAAGCAAAAGAAGACUGUGAUAUAGCGCAAGCUACUGCGAAGCAGUUCGCUCCAGAUUUUAAGCACCCAGGUUUUGACAGAAUAGGAUUAAGAGAAAAAUAUAGACAAAAGGUUUACGAUGCACAAGUUGCAGCGACCGUACCACAAGAAUCUGAAAAGAUCUUGGAUGGAAAGAGCAUUCCAAAUCAUAUCCCUCCGAUGCACUCACAGAUUCCUCAACCUAAUAGAGCUCCAAACGCAAUACCUUCCAGGAGAUCUUCAACGCAAUAUCCUAAAACCAUAGAUCCACGACUUGCAAAUAGUUCCAACUAUAAUACAGACAAUAGAAAUCUGGGACCUCCACAUGAUCCAUACAAUUUAUCAAAUCAAGACAAUUGGAAGUCAGCGAAUACAACGCCCCAAAUUUCACCUGAUGGUCAAAAAUCAUACAUACCCAAUGAUCAAAAUAAUCCAUAUGGGCCUAUAUCACAACAACAACAACAACCACAAGCCUCUUCGUAUAGGUUUAAUCAGCAAAGUAUGGACCAAAGUGGACAGCAAUAUGUUAAUCAAGAUAGACGAAUAUCCAUAACCCAAAUGAACAGGCCUCAAUUAAAUCAACGACCUCAACAACAAGAUUGGAACCCUCCACAAGCUCCUCCUCGACGACAGAGUGUGCUCGGCCAACCUUCUUUUGAUGCUCAAGGUAACACUUAUACUGACGGUGGAACCUCAGCGUAUGGACGAAACGAACUUCGUACCGGAACCGUACAUUCUGAGGGCCCCUUUGAUCGACAAGCAAUGCCGACCAAUCAACAAGCGUAUCGUCCAACGAUGGAUCCUCAAGGGUAUAGACAACCACAUGAUCAACAAGGUUAUGGUCAAGCGCCUGAUCAAAUGUAUAAUAGGCCUACUGACAAUCAGGCAUAUAGACAGCAACCUGCUGACCAGGGUUAUAGACCAACUGCACCUACGGAACAAGAUGUUGUUAACGGAGCUCGGCCGUCAGGACCGCGACCAUCAAUUGAUUACUUCGAUCACUACAAAAGGCCUCCUAGUCGAGAUUCAAGUGUGGAUCGAUAUGGACGGCGAUCGCGCCAACCAUCUGUAGAAGCUGCUCCAAGUGGAGGCUCUCGCGCUGGCUCAGUAGCUCCGCAACCUGCAAUGCCAUCUAGGCCGGCAUCUCGAGCCGCUACUCCAGCAGGCAAUGGUCACGUAGCUUCUGGUCGCAACUCGAUAUCUCGAGCAGGUUCGCGAGAACCUCAACCAUUUGAAGAAUCACUUUUGAGAAAAAGGACGCUGGGUCAGGAAAUAUCACCAUCACCUUACCAGCCCAAACGCACUGAAAGUUUGUAUGUGGCUCAGAUGCCAGAACCACCGCCACCUGCGCCGAUGAGAGGUGGAGGAGGCGGCGGAGGUGGUCGAAAGAUGCUAAGCACGCCGCAGACACUUCAGCGCAAGAAAUCGUUGCCGGACGUCGCAGGAAUGCCUCGCAUGCCUGACGGCGGCGGCAUGUCCCGCGAAGAGGUCUCGGCUCUCGGCUCGGCACGUCGUGAGGAGGUGCGCCGCAUGCACGAGGAGACCGAGAAACUGAGGGCCAACCCUCUGCUCUACUUAGUUAGUCCGCAAGUCAAGGACUGGUUCUCCCGGCAGCAGCUGGUGAUCCUAGUGCUGUUUAUCAACAUCUCGCUGGGCAUCAUGUUCUUCAAGCUGCUCACGUAG